GCGGACGCCGCGGACCGAGAUACCGCCAUGGACUACAAGACGCGGCGCGCGGACGGCGGCGCGUCACUUGGCGCCUCCACCACACCGCAACAUGCUGGCCGUGCUUUGCCUGGCGGCCCUCGCCGCCACCGCCGCGGGGUCACCCUCGGUGCUGCUCCAAGCGCACAACCUCGCGCUCAGUCGUGGUGGGGAUGAUUACUCCUACACGAUCCAAGUGGUCAAGUCCGGGAGGACCAUCGCCCCCGCCGCGCUGAUCCUCGACCAGUAUGCCGUGGUCGCGGCCAACCUCGUCGGCAGCACUCCGGCGUCCGACCUCUCGGUGCGCGUCGGCACCGACGUCAACAUCCCCUUCAUCAACCUGCAGGGCAAGAAGAUCAAGGUGGACGCGGUCCUGGUGCACCCCGAGGAGAACGUCGCCGUCCUAAAGCUGGCGGAGGCUGCCCCUAGCAAGCUGGCCCGCCCCGUCGCCCUGGUGGGCUCCCAGUCCGCCCUGCCCGGCUCCUUCGCCGAGGUGGCGGCCUGGGGCUGGCUGAAGCGCUCCGUGGCGCAGGCCGUGCUGGUGCUGCCCAAGUACUGCAUCGCCGGCGUGGACGCCUCGCCGUCCGGCCUGUGCGCGCAGACCAACCUGCAGCAGGGCGGCCUGCUGGUGGUGGACGGCGCCGUGGUCGGCCUGGCCACCGGCAAGGGUUCCGGCAAACGCGGCGGCCUGGUGCGCUUCCUGGACCUCGCCGAGGACUCCGUGCAGCGCUUCAUCCUGGAGGCCACCGAGCAGCCCCUGCCCAGCCCCACCACCGAGGCCCCGCGGCCCACCGAGCAGCCCACUGAGCAGCCCACCCAGCAGCCAACCCAGCAGCCCACCCAGCAGCCCACCCAGCAGCCCACCACGGACGCGCCCACCACCGCGCAGCCCACCUCCAAGCCGACCACCGUCACCCCCAAGCCCGCCCCCACCGGCAAGACCUGCAAGAUCCACCUGAACGGCGGCCUCCCCACGGCCGAACCCAUCCUGCUGGCCGACAGCGACGACCUGGCGUUCCGCGAGCCCGACCAGGCCGACGCCGUGGUGCUGGAGGCCGGGGAGCGCGUGCGACUCGCCUGCCCCGGCAACAAGAACGCCUUCAAGCUCAACAAGAAGAAGCAGGUGCUGACGGCGCAGUGCGUGGAGGACGACGCCUUCCUGGUGGACGGCCAGAGCGUGGAGCUGCACCAGCUGGGCUGCAAGUCGGCGGCGGUCAACUCGGCCGAGAAGGCCGGCCGCUGCGGCAGCGACAACCAGUUCACGCGAAUCCGCAUCGGCUUCGCCGUCGGCGACGGCUUCGUCACGCAGAUCGACAACUGCUUCGACAGCACCACCUUCGACGCCGUGUACUCGCGCAUGAACAUGACCCCCGCCAUCGCCGGCCACGAGUCCGGCGUCAAGCGGCCCCAGUUCAAGCCCGCCGGCUUCUACGAGAACGUCAACCCCAACACGCUGUUCAAGCGCACCAACCAGAUCAACGCCUUCACCAAGCUGCUGGGCACUGACGGCUCCGCCUACGUGCACCCCAACAACGACAACUACUUCCUGGCGCGCGGCCACCUCUCCGCCAAGGCCGACUACAUCCUGGGCGUGCAGCAGUCCGCCACCUUCUACUACGUCAACGCCGCGCCGCAGUGGCAGACCUUCAACGGCGACAACUGGGAGAAGCUGGAGAGCAGCGUCAGGGACUGGGUCAUCAGCAGCGGCCGCUCCGUGCAGGUGGUGACCGGCAUCUGGGGCACGGCCACGCUGCCCAACAAGGACGGCGUCGAGACGGAGCUGUUCCUGGAGGCCGACAAGAAGUACCUCCGCGUGCCCAAGUACUACUGGAAGAUCGUGUACGACCCGGCCACCAAGGAGGGCACGGCGUUCGUGGGCCUCAACAACCCCCACCACACUACCAACGGCGAGGACCUGCUCUGCAAGGACGAGUGCGCGCGCUACUCCUGGCUGUCCUGGGCCGCCUCCAACGACAAGGCGGGCAAGGGCUUCUGCUGCGACGUCAACGAGCUCAAGAAGGUGGUCUCCACCAUCCCCAGCGACAUCGACGUGCAGAGCCUGCUGUAGAGGACCCCCCUCGCCCCCCCCCCUCCCCCUCCAGCCCGAAGAACAUCAACAUCAAAAUUACGGAGAGAACCCUCCCAGCUCUGUGAUCAACAUUCCUGUCUGAAGUCAUCGGUAUUUUAAAAUUUCCAUGUAUUAAGAGUUCACGACUUGUGAAAUUGGACCCUUGUUAUUCCCAACCAAAGUCUGCACCUGUCGGCUUUUGACCGGCCAACAGAUGAAAAAAUUAGGUCAAUAAAGAACUGCAAAAGUAUCA